AUGGAGACAGAACUGCCAGCCACACCCACGCCCAUUGACUCAAGAUGCAUAAAUCUCAACUUUCAAUCACCCACUGCUGACAAGGCGCAGCAUACGUUGCGCAUGCAAGUGGCCACUCACAACUUUAAGAAACGCGCUGCCUGCGAUUCGCCCGUGGCCUCUGACGACUCAGCAUCGCCUCUUCCUGUGACCUCGUGUAACUUCACAGCACUAAGUCGCCACUUCCACCUACCACUUAAGGUGGCGGCUGAGAAAUUUGGUGUUCGUGCUACAGCUUUUAAGAAGCGCUGUCGUGCUAUUGGAAUUCGCCACUGGCCAUAUCGCAAAGUGCGAAGUCUGAAGCGCUCGCUACAGGAGCUCGAGCAGUGUCAACAACAAGCUCAAGACGGCUCAGGUCCCCCACUUUCAGAGAAACAGCUGCGCCAGUUUGCAGGCUAUCAAAGCCAGCUCAAACGCCUUCUGUCACCCGAGACAUACGGAAUUGACCCCUUUGGCCAAUUGCUGCCUGCUCACUUUUUCCACAGUGAUGUUGCUGACGAAAGCAAUACUCCGGAUGAUCACGAUUCGGACGAGGAUUCAUGCGGAUCCCAGAGCCCACGACCUAGCGUCGAACAUCUUGUACGCAGGACCAAGGCACGUAAGCAUCUAUUCACGGACUCUCCUUCCUCAACCUCCUCACCACAUCGCGAAAAUAUGUUUUUUGGCAACCCCAUGAAUUUAAGCGCAGCUGUCGGUUACAGCCGUGCGCAAUAUGGCCAAACAGGCUUAACUUCUGCGCAAGUAGGCUUUACCUUUGACAGCAUGUACGACCCUUUUGGCGAGCUCAGCACGUCUAACAUGGAUUCCUAUGGAGAGAAUGACCAUCCAUCAUGCGGUUAUUCUCUCGACAUCGUCUCGUGCGACUUCUUUCCGUUGCAACCGUCGCCUACUAUGGCCGCACGAAAAGCUAGUGCGAUGGCUCAACAAGCAUUUGCAAGUUGCCAUACGAAAUCAGACGAGGCUUAUGCUGCGAUCGCGCCUACCGGGGUUGAUGGCUUAGAAGACGAUAUUUUUCGCCACAUUUCGCCAGAAUAUGGUUGUCUUGUUUAG